AUGAGCGGAUCAGCAAUAACCACCACUAGCCAACAGCCGCAUGAUCUGGUUGAACUUGGUCACCUGACAGAAGAUGCGAUUGUCAAUGCUAUACGAACACGAUUCCUCCAAGAUAAGAUUUAUACACGAAUACGUAAUGCAACAUUGGUCGUCGUCAAUCCAUACAAAGACAUCAUCGGCACAUCCCUUGCACAAGUGAGCGAGCAGUACUUGAACGAAUACAAGGAGCCUGCUCGAGGGGGAACCAACAACAACAACAGCACAUCAUCAUCAUCAUCAUCACAGCUACUCGAUCCACACAUAUUUCAACAUGUCAACCAAGCCUAUUUCCAUAUGCGGAGGUCUGGACGAGAUCAAUCAAUGAUUUUCAGGGGUGUGGCAGGUAGCGGCAAAACAAGUCUUCGAGAAACGGUGUUGCAGCACUUGAUGACACUGAGCAGCGGCAACAAAAAGGUGGAUCGUGUACAGCAACUUGUGCAGCGAGCGUAUCGGGUACUUGAAUCUUUUGGCCACUGCAGGACACUUGGCAACAGCAAUGCAUCACGAUACGGCAGCUUUGUGGAACUUCAAAUGAAUGAGCGAGGAAGGAUGAUGGGUGCCAAGUUUCUCGAUUAUUUGCUAGAGCGUUCACGUGUGACCGAAUCGGAUGAGACAACUUCGAAUUUUCACGUGUUUUAUUAUCUUGUGCAUGAUAAAUCACUCGAGUUGGGCGAUGGAUGCCAUCUACGUUAUUUGUACAAGACUAGAGAGGCAGCAAGAUUAUUGCAAUCUACAACACUUGAUAGCCAAGAGCACCUACAACAAUUGAAAGCUGACCUAAAGGCGAUAUUGGGAUCCAGCAACAAGAACCUAGUUACGCACCUGACACAGCUAUUGGCAGCUAUUUUGCAUUUGGGCAACAUUCAAUUUGCACCACCACCACCCGGCAAGGAUGAAGUCAUUGUCAAGACACCACAAGAACUCGAGACUACAGCACAACUCAUGGGUGUAGAGCCAAGAGCACUCGAGAAUGUGCUCAUGUAUCAAACCAAGCUUGUCAAGAAGGAUAUGGUGACAACAGUGCUGGAUGCUGAUCAAGCUUCUCGUCAACGUGACAUGUUGGCUCAAACAUUGUACUCGCUUGUGUUUACGUGGAUCGUUGAAGCAAUCAACAAAAAGCUAUGCAAGCCAUCAUUUCAAAACUUUUUUGGUUUGCUUGAUUUCCCCGGGCAGGAUCUGGGUUCGAGUACAUUCGAUCAAUUUGCCAUCAACUUUGCCAAUGAAAAAAUGCACCAAUUCAUGCUCGAUCAUUUGACCAACACCCACAGCGAAGUGUAUCGUGAUUUAAGACAACAGCCAGUUGUACUCCGCAGCACUGGUGUGGCAGAUGUCAUGAAAGAAGUAGCAACCCAAAGCGAUAACUUGGAUGCAUAUGUUUCUCGGCACCAAUUGACAUCAAAGAAAGGGGCCUCUUAUUUCACUAUUCAGCACUUUGGAGGACCUGCAACAUACAAACGUGAGGACUUUGAUACGGCCCAUGCCACUGAUAAUUUGAAUGCGGAUUUCGUGGCAUUGAGUGAGGAGGAUGGAUGCACAAACGAAGUAUUACGACAAAUCUUUCAGCAAAAAACAGUAACCAGCACCACCAGUCGACGCCAUAAUAGCACCCCUGUAUCCGCUCAACAAUCAUCAAAACCACGUCGAUCACCUUCCAUGAAGCGAAAGCAACAGGAUAGCGAGAAGGGAAAUCCACAACAACAGCAACCAAAUAAUCAUCAUCGAGUAGCACAAAUCAACGAUGCUUUGGAAGAGCUCAAGGCGACUUUACAAGAGACCCAAGUAUGGUGGGUGUUAUGUUUGAAGCCCAACGAUUUGCAUUUGCCAAGUUCAUGUGAUGGGAAAAAGCUGGCAGCACAGCUGCAAAUGUUACGAGUGCUCGAUUUGACCGUACGUGCACGUAACGAAUACACCUCAAUGAUGACACUAUCUGAGUUUUGCGAGCGAUACACCGAGAUCAUCAAUCAAACGCCCAAUGCAACAACUACGCCAAACGCUGAUGACCGAUUCAAGUGUCAAGCUGUGAUGAACUCGUACAACUGGAACGCACGUAUGAUGAUAAUUGGCAAAGAACAGGUGUAUUUGCAUGGCCAUGCAUGGAUGAUGCUCGAGAACCGUUUGAGGGCCAUGGAAAAGCGUGAGCAACGAAAGGCCCGUUGUGCUGCUAAGGGGAUUCCAUUUGACGAAGACAAUGAUAGCCAAAUUGGAGGAAUGGGUGAUGAUGCAGGAUCCUAUAUGAUGCGAGGCUCCAUUGCCGAUACGGGAUCGGUGUGCUCUUCGGAUGAUCAUUAUCUCAAUGACUCAGGGUCUAUUUGCACAGCAUCUCAAACAUGUGAUGGAUCCAGCUUCACUAAAGGAGGUGCUACUGUCAAUAUGAUUGAGAGUGUGGAUGAUGGCAAGAAGAAAAGAGACAAAAAGCCAAAACGCAAAAUCAGCAAAGCACGAGGAGUUUGGGCGUCAUUGACAUGGCUGACAACAUGGUGGAUCCCGAGUGCAAUGCUUAGCAAAAUGGGUGGUAUGCGACGCAGCGAUAUUCGGAUGGCAUGGCGUGAAAAGGUGACGCUGUGCAUGUUGAUUCUUUUAUUGUGUGGAGCAAUGAUUUGGUUCAUUUGCUUUUUUGGACAACUACUAUGCCCACAUCAAGAUGUAUACACGCAAAGCGAAUUGCAAGCAAGGAGCAGCCGAGAUAAUGCCUAUGUUGCGAUACGUGGCGAAGUGUUUGAUCUAUCGACGUAUGCACCAAGGCAUUGGGCAAGCGAAGUGAUCCCCAAUAGCGCAUUGUUGCAAUAUGCAGGACAAGACAUCAGCGACUUAUUCCCAGUACAAGUGUCUGCAUUAUGCGAUGGUAACAAUGCACCCGUACCAUUGCAAGUGACCCUUGAUACACGCAUCAAUAUCACCGAUUCGAAUGCAAGGUUCCAUGAUUUCCGAUACGGCAAUGAAAAUGAUGAUUAUCGACCUGAUUGGUACUUUGAGAAGAUGAUGUAUUUGCGAAAGAACUAUCGCCUUGGUUUCAUGGGAUACGAUCCAGAGGAUAUUCGUAACCAAGCAACAUGGCCGGUUCAAGUGGGUGGCAUUCGUACAGAGAGACGAUGGGCAAUCUUGCAUAACAACAUUUACGACCUUACCUCAUACAUGCUUGGUGGUGUUGGUGUCAAUUCAAAAGAGCCUAUCAAUGGCACGCUCAUUGGCCAAGAUUUUAUCGACAAUGGUAUCACGGAGCUCUUUCGACAGCUUGCUGGCACUGAUAUCUCAGCACAUUUUGACUCGUUGCCCAUGGAUACCGAUAAGCGUGCACGACAAUUGACAUGCUUGAGAAACCUGUUCUUUGUUGGCAAGGUCGACAGCCGCAAUUCGGCAAGGUGCCUCUUUUCCGAAUACCUGCUUUUAUUGAUUACUGUGUUCUUGUGCAGCGUCAUUUUAUUCAAAUUCUUGGCAGCAUUGUUCUUGGCAGGUGCAGGAAACAAGGGAGAAAGCACUGAUGAAUACGACAAGUUCGUUGUAUGCCAAGUGCCAUGUUACACAGAAGGCGAAGAAUCGUUACGAAAGACGAUUGAUUCGGUUGCAGCAUUACGAUACGACGACAAACGCAAGCUAUUAUUCAUUAUUGCCGAUGGAAUGAUUGUGGGAAGCGGCAACGAUCGUAGCACUCCACGUAUUGUUCUCGACAUUUUGGGCGUUGAUCCCGAGGCUGCUGAUCCACCAGCAGUAUCAUGCUUAGCAUUGGCACAAGGGGCACGACAACACAACAUGGCCAAGGUGUAUUCUGGUCUCUAUGAACAUGCAGGUCAUGUGGUUCCAUACAUUGUUGUUGUCAAGGUUGGCACACCCUCUGAACGACAAAAGGCUGGCAACAGGGGUAAACGUGAUUCACAAAUGGUGUUGAUGAGGUUCCUUAACAAGGUGCACUAUGACAUGCCUAUGACACCACUGGAGUUGACAAUGUAUCACGAGCUCAAAAAUGUCAUCGGUGUCCACCCAAGCUUUUACGAGUUGGUGCUUAUGAUUGAUGCCGAUACCGAAGUCCUACCUGAUGCUCUCACAAGGAUGGUUGCUCAUUUUGUGCAUGAUCCAAAGAUCGUUGGUUUGUGUGGCGAGACACAGAUCCUCAACAAAGACGACACGUGGGUGACAAUGAUUCAAGUUUAUGAAUACUACAUUUCGCAUUACCUUUCCAAGGCCUUUGAAUCCCUUUUUGGAUCAGUGACAUGUUUACCAGGAUGUUUUUGCAUGUAUCGAGUACGCAGUCCUACCAAUCGCCCGCUACUUGUGUCGCAUCAAGUUAUCAAUGACUAUGCAGAGACAAAUGUUGAUACCCUGCACAUGAAGAAUUUAUUGCAUCUUGGUGAAGAUCGAUAUUUGACCACACUCAUCCUCAAGCAUUUCCCGUCAUACAAGACAAAAUUCACAGCCGAUGCUGCAUGCAUGACCAAUGCCCCAGAUCGAUGGCCUGUAUUGCUCUCACAACGACGUCGUUGGAUCAAUUCAACUAUUCACAACCUUGGCGAGCUUAUGUUUUUACCACAGCUAUGUGGUUUUUGUUGCUUCUCAAUGCGUUUCGUGGUCAUGCUCGAUUUGUUGAGUACCUUGGUGAUGCCAGCUGUUGUUUGCUAUUUGAUUUAUCUCAUCUACCAGCUCAGCACAAGUACCUCUCAAGUGCCUCUUAUAUCCAUGAUUACUCUGGCAGGCGUUUAUGGCUUACAGGCUAUCAUCUUUAUCAUGCGUCGCAAGUGGGAGCAUAUUGCAUGGAUGAUUGUGUACAUUCUUGCCAUCCCUGUGUUUUCAUUCCUCGUUCCAUUAUAUGCAUUUUGGCACUUUGAUGAUUUCUCAUGGGGCAACACACGUAUUGUGGUGGGCGAGAGUGGCAGCAAAAAAGCCGUUGGACCGGACGAAGGAUCAUUUGACCCAAGCACAGUGCCAACCAAACGCUGGGAUGACCAUGAGCAUGAUAUGAUUUAUUGGGAAGACCAUCCUGAAGAAGCACCACCCUACGCACCAUAUGCAUCAUCUGUAGUAGACGAUCGAAGCUCUUUUUGCAGUAGGGGCAAUGCAAGCCGAUGCAGUGAACGAUCAACACAGCAACAACAACCCACGGAUCGGGCUAUUGUCAAUGCCAUUGAACGUAUCCUCGACUCUCAUGAUUUGAUGCAGCUCACCAAGAAGCAGGUUCGUGAUGUCCUAUCACAGCAAUUUGGAAUGGAUAUGGAAGAACGUCGUGAUUUCAUCAACAAGUAUAUCGAACAAUCACUUGCACGGCGGCUGUAA